UACCGUGUACUUAACAUUUUUGACAGAUGUUUACUUUUCAUUAUCAGAAUUUCCUAUUAGAAUAGUUCGUUCGCCAUAAAAUCAAUAUUUUUACUGUACAAUAAUAUAUAAUACAUAACAAUAUAAGACAUUAAUCUAAAAUGUACGAACCCCGUGUAGGUGAACCUGCAGCAAACAAGCUCAACAUAGCGGAUACCAGGGUGGUGCAUGGGCAUCGAGUGUGUCAGACCCGGGAAGUGAAAUGGCUGUGUCUCGAGAAUAUAUACCAGAAGCUUCACCGCCCAAACUUCUAUGACAUAGGCGGUACUUACAUGCAGGAUGUGGCAGACUACUGGUUCACGUACAAAACAGAAAUUGUCGGUGACAUAUUCCUCCUGCAUUUAUUUAUUUGUAAUCAUGGUGUGAGCUCAUUUAGUGUUGCUGUUAGUUGUGGUAAUAAGUUCAAAGUGUCCAAGAAAACAGACACAGUGUAUCUUCAGCAGUACCUUACAGAGUUUCAAUUUAAACAGCUUAAUGAACUGUCUCACACCUACCUCACAACCUAUAGCUUUACAGAACUUGAUAUAGAAUGUUUGAAGGAUAGAAAAUUGUACAUAGCUGUGUCCUUCCCAUUUGCAUCGAGACCUCUCUCUGAAGAAAUAAGUCUUGAAGUUAUUGAUAAUGUUAAACUGAACCAUGACUGUAGUGCUCUCUUCACUGAUCCAAUUGGAUCUGAUUUUGUCAUUGAGUCUGCAGAUGGUGUGAAGUUUCAGAUUCAUAAAGUAAUACUAGCUGCACAUAGUGAGGUAUUCAAAGCCAUGCUCAAAGGUGAGACAGCCGAAAGCCAGAACAGUUAUGUGAAACUGGUUGAUGUAGGAGGUGAUGACCUUCGCUACAUGUUAGAAUAUAUCUAUACAGGCACCGUGACUGAUGUUGAGAAUAUUAACUUUGCUAGCUUACUUAUGCUGGCAGAUAGAUACAACUUAAAAGGUCUUUGGGAGGUCUCUGAACAUGCUCUUUCAGAACAAAUAACUUUGGAUAAUGUUCUUGACAUCUUAAUAGUUGCUGAUAUGUAUGACUCUGAUUUCCUAAAGACUGAAGCCAUGAAAUUCAUCAGAGAAAAUAAAGAAGUACUUAACUGUAGCUCUUUCAGUGAGAUAAACAGUGCUGAUUUGCUAAAACAGCUGUGUACCUAUCUAGCUACAUAAUAGUAUUAUUUAUCUAUAAAGUAGUGUUUGUGUAUGUAGUGAGGGAAUGUUCUCAACAUAUGAGUCAGACCCAAUUAAAGUGGACUAUUUCAUGUAUAAUGAAAAUCAUAACUUGUAUUCAUUAAAAGAAAUGUACCUUUGAUUUGUGCACAUUGUAAGUUGGUACCACUAAUUAAGCUAAUGUAGUCAUCUGUGUGUAUCAUUAUUGGGUCUCUCCCCAUAUUUCUUUCUAAUAUCAUGAGUAACUGUAGUAAAUAAGAUAAGAAACUAUUAAUAAGCUAUGUGAUAUGUUUUACUACACUCAUCUAUUCUAAAAACUUGAUAUGUAUCUUUUGAGUGUUUUAGAGACCUAGUCUUUGUCUUAUCUAAUUGAAAUUAUAUUAUGUUAACACAUUUUGUUGAUUGUUUCUACACUUUUUUUUAAUGAAA